AUGGCCUCUUCUAAGACGAUUGUGCUUAUCAGUGGCGCCAAUCAAGGUAUCGGCUGUGGGAUCUCCGAAAAGCUCGCCACCGAAACCCUUCUUACCAUGUCCAUAUGGGAUGCCGUUCCUUCUCCAAAGGCCGAAGCCGCGGCAUCUUCCUUCUCCAACCUUGCCAUCGAAGCACUUGAGCUUGACAUCAGCUCUGAUUCUUCCAUCUCCAAAGCCUUCGCCACCGUAGAAGGGAAGUUUGGCCAUCUGGAUGUCCUCAUAAACAAUGCGGGUAUUUCACAACGAGCUUUACCCGAAGGCCUGACGACCCGCCAACGUUACGCACAGAUUAUGGACACCAACGCUAUCAGUGCAGCCUGUCUCCCCGAGACUUUCAUUCCUCUCCUCUGUAAAUCCCCGCAGCCACGCAUUAUCUUUAUGAGCUCGGAGCUAGGUAGUAUAGGCGAUACUCUGAACCCGGCCUCCCAGUACUAG